AUGCCCGCAGUGACAGUGGCUACUUUGAGAGGAGUUUAUCCUCCCAUUGCAACACCAUUCGGUGAUGAUGGUAGUCCAGAUGACGAGAAGAUGAUAUUCAAUAUUCAGCGCUGGGCAUCUACGACUGGAUUAUCUGGUAUCGUGUGUCAAGGGAGCAAUGGCGAAUAUGUAUUGUUGACACCUGACGAACGAGUACAUCAGGUCGAAGUUGUUCGUAAACACAUGCCUGCAGAGUGGCAGUUAAUUGUAGGAACGGAGGCAGGCUCGACAGCUGCUACUAUUGACCUCAUCAAACGAGUAGCGGCGGGCGGAGCUGAUGCGGCACUCGUGCUCACUCCGAGUUGUUAUAAGGCACAGAUGUCGGACGAGGCAAUGGUGUUACACUAUACUGCGAUCGCUGAUGCCAGCCCUAUCCCGGUUAUACUAUACAACAUGCCGGCUAAUACUGGGGUGGACUUGCCAGUAUCGGCUAUUUGCAGAUUGGCCAAGCAUAAGAACAUCAUUGGGUUGAAGGACUCCAGUGGCAAUGUUGUCAAGAUGGCAACAGUUCGCAGACGGACCGAUAAGGCGGAGUUCAGUCUGCUAGCCGGUAGUGCUGGCUUUCUCCUCCCUGCUUUGGCUAUCGGUGCUGUUGGUGGAGUAUGCGCUCUGGCAAAUAUUGCACCACAGCUCUGCUGUGAUAUUCAAGAGGCCUUCGAUAAUGGCGACUUUACUGCUGCUAUGACACACCAGCUUCGCGCAGUUGAGAUAAACACUGCUGUCACUUCGCAAUUCGGAGUGCCAGGAUUGAAGUACGCGAUGGACACUGUCGGCUUACAUGGAGGGCCGUGCCGUGCUCCUCUAGUUCAGCUCACUGAGGACGAGAAAGUAAAGCUGAAGGCAAUAAUAGAGGAUAGCCAGAUAGUGGAUACCGAGCAACUCCGUCAGCGGUGAACCUGGUUAUAUUUAUGAACAUGUGUGAUUUUCUCG